UCACUGCUUUUUGAAAGUCAUCCUGAACAUUUGGGACUUAGAGGCACAAUGUUAGGUCUAUUCAACGUGAGUAACAAACUACAAAUAAAAGUCAAACGAGAUGAACUUGAGAUACGCCUGUUUGAUCCAAACAAAGACAACUGGGAAGAAGUAAAGAAAAUGACCUUAGUCCCCUACACAGAGGUAAUUCCAAUAAUCAUGAAAGGCCAACUAUUCAAUCCAAAGGUUAGCAGUGUAUUAGCAUUACUAGCAGCUGGAAUCUUACACCAAAUGAGACACUCAUUGAUGAAUGGACUCAUAUUCCUGUUGGGGUUAUACUCCAUACUGUAUUUCUUACUAAUAUGGGGAAUUCCACUUUGGGAGAUGUACAAACUGAGUGAAUAUCACAAUUUCGUAGAAUACUGGAUAGGACCUGACCAUAAAUUAUGGCUGCUCUUCCAUAGGGGGAAACUUAUUGGCUCUAUUGGUGUAAAUGAACUGGAUGUUGGCAAGCGAGGUGAACUUACGCGUGUGGUUGUAGCAACUGAUUACAGGCGAAAUGGACUAGCUGAAUUGAUGGUUAAUUUUGUAAUAGACUAUCAUGAAAAAAAAAUAUAUAAUGAGUUGGUACUAUAUACGACUAUAUAUCAACAAAGUGCAAUGAAAAUCUACGAGAAGUGCGGUUUUACACGAGUUAGAAUGUUUACUCACUACUUUAUCAAACCUAUAUUGGGUGUUGAGAGCAACACAUAUACUUUAAAAUUUCCAAGGAAACAAGCAUAGAGAAAAUCAAAUGAUAUAUACCACGCCCGGUGAUCGGAAGAAAUAUACAUAUAUCUUUUAUUGACUCUUUAGAUAC